AAUGCCGGUGCGCACCGAGUGCCCCCGCCGGCCUCGCUCAUCCCGCCGCCGCCCAUCGCACCCAGCAGCCCGGCGUGGCCACCAGAAGAGCAAGGGGAAUUCGUACGACGUAGAGGGCAAGUUUCUGGCUUUUUACCAGUACGCAAAAUCAUUUAAUUCAGAUGACUUCGAUUAUGAAGAGCUGAAGAAUGGAGAUUAUGUCUUUAUGCGAUGGAAGAUGCUGGCCUCGCUUCGAGAGUCCACUGUGAGUUUGGUUGCUUUUCUGGACAUGGAUUCAGCUCGAGGGCUGCCCCCAGAGCCAGAACAGCUUGCUGUUCCGUACCAGUAUUUCAAUAGGCUUACUCGACAACAAAGGCUACCAGUGCCCACUCCCGUGCUAGACAGGGAUCAGGAUCAGCCCCUAGUUCUGCCUCCUCGACUGGAAGGAAAGGUUCACCCGUCAUUUGAAGCACUCGUUCCGCCUCUACACAGAGUUCACAAGCAAACAAGUUGACUGUUUCACCCCUGAUCCCCAACAAAGAUCUAGCUCGGCGUCGACGACUUCCUAAGGUUGGUGUUGGAACUCCAGACAAAGCGGCAAAGCUUCAGGGUCAAAAUCAAGUUUUGCCGGCUGACUAUGUGGUCUAUCCUGGUGGUUUUCCUAAGGAAUCCCAGGAGAACCCAGGGGAACCUGCACAGCUCUCUGAGCAGGCUGAACCAUCUCAAUUCCUGCUGGAGGGCCAGACUCAAAAUCCAGAGACCCAGGAGCCCAUCCAAUCCUCCUCCCCACAGCAAGAAGCCCAAGCUCCACCUCCACAGCCCAUUGAAACCGAUGAACCUGCUUCAACCCAGCAAGAGGUCCCAGUUCCAGAACUACAGCAGCCCGAGGAAUAAGCAUCUCCAUGGCAGCAGGAGGCCCCAGCUCAGAAUCCAUUUGCUACUGCAGAAGUAGUAGGGCAGGCAUCAGUGCAUCACCAUCUUCACACUCCAUCCUCACCUCAGAUUGUAGCUCUCCAAGCAAACUUCCCCAGCGUCACUCUGAAACCUGCAGACACGGAGCUGACAGCAGCCUCAGAGGCCGGUGAAGAAGUUCAAUCUACUCCAAGCACGGAGCAGGCUCCAGCGCAGCCUCUGGAGCAUCCUGAGGAAGUGGGCCUCCCCUCAACCCAACAACAGGCCCCAGUGCAGACUCCAGAAUUCCCUGGGAAGGUGGAAUCUUGGACUCAAGAGGGUCUAGCUCAGACUUCAGAGCUCCCUGAGAACACUGGACCUUUCUCUACCCAAAACGAUGCCACAGCUCAGCCUUCAGAGUAUGCUGAGGAAGUCAGCCCAGCUGUAGCCCAGCAGGGGGCCCCAGCUCAGCCUCCUGGCCUGCCUGUGACCACUGAAUAUUCCCCCAGCAAUCAGGAGCAGCCUGUUCAGCCUUCUGAGUCUCCCAAGAUCGAACCUUCUAGAAGCCAACUGGAAGCCCCGGAGAAGCCUUUGGCACUCCCUGUGGAAGUCAAAUCUCCAGUACAGCAAGAUUCCCGAGCUCAAGCACUAGACUCUCCUGAAGAGAACAUCAUAGCUCAGACUCCACAGAUUCAGAAGGGGACGGACUGGUCUCUAGAUCAGAAUCAAGUUCACCGUUAUAACUUGCCCAACAUUACCAUCAAGCCUGCAGAUGUGGCACUGACCAUAACUCCGGAGCCCACCAUGGAGCAGGACUCUUCUCCAGUGCAGCAGGAGGGCUCUGCUCAGACUCCAGGCCCUCCUGUGUGGAGACAGAACCUUCUAGUGAACAGGAGCAGCCCGCUCAGUAUGUUGAGUCUUCUAUAGAGAAAAAACCCUCUCCAGCCCAGCAGGAGACCCCAUAUCAAACUCUGGGCCCUUCCCUGGAGACAGAAGCUUCUCCAGCCCAGCAGGAACCCCCAGAGCAGACUCCGGUCCCUUCUGCAGAGACAGAACCUUCUCCAUUCCAGCAGGGACCCAGAGCUCACACUCCACGCCCUUCUGUGGAGGCAGAACCUUCUCCCCCUGAACAGGAGCAGAUAGCUCAGUAUGCAGAGGCUCUGGUGGAGACUCAGCCUCCUCCAGGCCCUCCCGUGGAGACAGAGCCUUCUCUCAGAGAACAGGAGCAGAUUGCUCAGUAUGCGGAGGCUCUGGUGGAGACUCAAGCUCCUCCAGGCCAGCUGGAGGCCCUAGCUCUGACUCCAGUCCCUCCUAUGGAGACCGAACCUUAUAUCAGUGAGCAGGAGCAACCAAUGCGGCCCUCUGAGUCUUCUGAAGAGGUAGAAUCUUCUGGAAAGAAGACAGAAGCCCAGCAUCCAAGUCCUCACGCAGUGACCAUUUUACCUCCAGGUCACCAUCAAGUUCAGCAGUACGACUUGCCCAGUGUGACUACUAAACCUCCAGACCUGCAGCUGACCCUAACACCAAAACCUGCAGCAGAAGUGGAAACAUUUCCAGUCAGCCAUGAGGUCACAACAACUCAGGCCUCAGUCCCAGCUCUGCCUCCAAAGCCUCUUGAAGAGGUUGAACCAUUGCCAAUUCAAUCUCCAGAAGUUAUCCAGGAUGAGAAACCCUCUAUGACCCAGCAGGAGGAAACAGCUGAAAAUGUACAGACCCCCGAGGAGGCCGGACCUUCUCCAAUCCAUCAGGAAGCCCAAGAUCAAGCCUCAGUGUUCCCUAUGGAGCCUGAGCCUUUGCAAGACCAGGAGGCACACACAGCUCAGCAUCCAAAGCCCCCAGAAGAGGAUGAGCACUCCCCAGUCCCAAGGGUCCCAGCUCAGCCUGAAGGACUGAAGGAACCUUCACCAAGCCAGCAGGGGAUUUCUGUUCCACCUCUACAGUGCCCCGUGCAUGCUUACCAAUUACCGCUCCAACAGGGAGACACAAACCAGCCUUCAGUAAUCUUCCCAGAGAUUAGUGAUGCUAUUCCAAUGAAUAUGACAUUUUCACCUCUUAUUCCGGAAGAAAUACUCAGCAUUUAAGGUUGUCCAAAACCACACCAAAACUUCCCGAACAGGGCUUCCAAGCCAACAGGUUCUGCCACAGUCAUUAACAUGCCCAGCCCCGGCGGCUCGGCACUGUUGAACAGAGGCACCAAAGCCAGCAGUGAUGUUUG